GACUCCCCGGCCUCGCUUCUCCUCUCCUCCUCCUCUCCUCCUCCUCCCGCUCUUUCGUCCAGGCGUCUUCAGCCAAAGCCAGCGGCUGCUUCUGGCACCGGACGGCGGCGCAGCGCUCUCGCCUUCUGCCCGGCCCGCGAGCUCCCUCGUCAAUGCCAUGAAGCCUUUCAAGGCGCAGAAGACCCCCGGAAGCCCAGAUUUGUUAGAGGAUGGCGGGGAACUGGCGGAGGUGCUCUGCGAGUUUGACGCGGUGAUAGAGGACUUCUCGUCUCCCAUAAAGGAGCGACACUUCCAAUAUGAGGAACAUCUGGAGCAGAUGAAGAGACGGAGCAGCACCAGCAUCAGUGACUCUGAGAGUGCAGAUUCCCUGUGUGGAAAUAGCCUCAGCUUUAGCGAUGAGAAAUUACAUUCUCCGACACUGUCCACUCCAUCUGUGUCUUCUCCCACAAUAGCUUCUCGAAGAGCAAAGCUUGGAGACACCAAAGAACUAGAAGACUUUAUUGCUGAUCUUGAUAGAGUUUUGGCAAGUAUGUGAAACACUGUAUUUUGACCCAAUACUUGGCUUCAAAAGGAUGAGGCUGAGUUAUCCAUGCCACCCAUCAUCUAAUGGGACAGGCACAGAAAUCCUUCUCUUCUCAGCCUGUUGCCAGCCAUUGCCUCUUAUGCCCUUGAAGCAUUACAACUGUUGUUUCUUUUUCGACAGACAGAAUCAAAUAACAUGUGCUCAGGCUGAAAAAUGUAGCUUAACAUUAAUUUAAAAGGGCUUUUAUGAAAAGAUUUGUAAUUCUAUAUAAUUAACUUUUGAAAGUUUUCAUUAUAAUAUAUUUUUGUAUGCAAAUAAAACCUAAACUGGAACUUAA